AUGCCCGGACUUCAACUCAAGUGUGGUUGGAAGGCAGCUCCACCAGCAGCUAUGACCACCGACAAUGAUUUCAGUGAAUUUGACCUCUUCAUAGAUGAUGUGACGGACGACAAGAAUGAUGCGGGCCCCGAGGAGACCGGGGCCCUUGUCUGGAGGCAUAUCAAAUUCCACAUCAUCCGGAGCAUCUUGGAUGGCCGGCCAAACAUUCUUCUGACUAAGGUCACUCUUCUCCACACCAAGGGUGAAGAGAAAGAACAAGUAAAGCGGCAACGGUGA